AUUGCAGAAUAACAUGGGCUGUUCGUUUGAAACAGCCAUACAGACUAGCGGGAUAAAUGAACAAUUUGAUGCUGCAUGCCUUGCAACGAUAGUGGACAACAACAACAAUAGUAAUAAUUACACUAAGAACAACAGCAUUUGCAACCACUUUAACCCAAAACAGGAUAAAACUAACGACGACUGCCAACAGCAACAAAAACCAGCUAAAGCCAAAAAGACUACCACCAACAAUAUCAUACCAACAACAAUAGAAAAGAACGUUAACGAUACCAUUAGUGGCAGCAACAACAACAACAACGGCAUCAUUCGAGACGAAUUUAAAAGCAAGACAAACUUUUACAGUUUGGAAGUCAAGGGAAACAUAAAUAACAACUGUGGAAGCCGCGCACAGAAACUGCUGUCGCAGCAAGACAAGGAAACACUGCAAGAGUCCUGUCCAAACUGUUAUCCACUAGCCUGCCACAAUAGAAUUUGCUGUCGACAACAGAACUUGUUUGUGUCCGAAAUUGCAACACAGUCGAGAUACUGCUUUGACUACCCGGACUAUUUGAGCGGCAAUUGUUGCAACAACAGCAUCAACGAUUGCAACUGUAAGCGCCCUUGCCCUGGUCUGGUAUCGUCCUUCGUCUGUCAGAAGCACAGAAACACGUUUCGCCAUGAAUGCCAUGACGAAAAAUCAACAUACCUGGACAGAGCACCAGAUCCAGUGUCCAAUAGGCCAGAUGCAUGGAACAGCAGCGGUGCGAAGGGUAGAAAAUGUUGGCAAGGCAUAUUGUCGCAGGCUAAUGUGGCCCUAACAUCGAAUGCUCUCGAUUUAAAGAACUCCUUAGCUGAGGUGAUUGGCAAUUGUGCAGCAAUGGUGGAAACAUUGAUGCGUAGAAAUGGCGAGCAAUGUCGAAACCAUUGCGAGGCUACUAAAAUCCAGUGUAGCUCCAUGAACAGCAACCACAUUAACAACAACAACAAUAAGUCUGAGCCAUAUAGGGGCUACUGUCAGCGCCAACAAGGAUCAAAGCCCGAACACAUCCCUUACACUUCAACGAAUUCCUCCCGCUCUCUUCAUGAUACCAUUAGCUCAAAAUACCAUCCUCAUCAUCAAUGUAGGCAACAUCAGCAGCAGCAGCAGUGUAGCAAGAAGAACAACAGUAAAAAUAGCUGCAACAAUGUAACCAACAGCCGCAGCAGUUGCAACAACUGUCACGUUGCCUCAAGGGCGUCAACUCAAACCACAGCCUUCAAUUACAUUGGCCACAAUUACUACCACUUUCUGCGCAAUUCGAUUAAUUUCUAUACCGCCUACACGGCCAGCAUCAUAUUGGUGUUGUGCUACCUGACUACGACCACAUCCGCUGCCACACCCAAGUCGGACGCCACAUCGCUGGACAAGCAUCCCAUUCAAGGCAUCGAUUGGUCGAAAUUUGAUGAGUCGAGUUCGGAUAAGGAAAUUCUGGAUUUACUGCUGGAACAAAAGCGUUAUGACAAACGAUUACUGCCGCCAGUUCAUGAUGAAGACUUCUGCUGUGGAUUGUCAUCACCCGACAUGGCUACUGAACAAUCUUCAAGGAGGCCACAUAAGCGCGGUACACUCAAUGUGAAUGUAACCGUUUUGCUGCUUAGUUUGGCUUCUCCGGAUGAAAGUAGUCUGAAAUACGAAGUGGAGUUUCUGUUGAAUCAGUUCUGGGUGGAUCCUCGUCUGCAGUAUGGCAACAAGUCACACUAUGACUUUCUGAAUGCAUUGCAUCAUCACGACAGCAUCUGGACGCCGGACACUUACUUUAGUAUGCAUGGCGAUUUUAAGGAUCCUAUUAUACCAAUGCAUUUCGCUUUAAGAAUUUUCCGGAAUGGGACCAUUAUGUACUCAAUGAGGCGACACUUGAUAUUAUCCUGCCAAGGAAGUUUACACAUAUUUCCAUUCGAUGAUCCCAAGUGUACGUUCUCAAUGGAAAGUAUUUCAUAUGAAGAGCCGCAAAUAAGGUAUGUGUGGCGGAAUGGUGAGGUCACCCUGCUAAAGAGUCCCUCAUUGACCACGCUGAAUGCGUAUCUAAUAAAAAAUCAAACCACAGCCUGUGAUCAACAUAGCUGGAGAGGUAAUUACAGUUGUCUGCAAGUUGAUUUAACAUUUACCCGUGAUCGUGCGUAUUAUUUUACAACCGUUUUCAUACCCGGCAUUAUAUUGGUGACCUCAUCCUUUAUUACAUUCUGGCUGGAAUGGAAUGCAGUACCAGCCAGAGUUAUGAUCGGUGUAACAACAAUGCUGAAUUUCUUCACGACAUCAAACGGUUUCCGCAGCACACUUCCGGUCGUCUCAAAUCUCACCGCCAUGAAUGUCUGGGAUGGUGUCUGUAUGUGUUUCAUUUAUGCCUCGCUCUUGGAGUUUGUUUGCGUCAACUAUAUGGGGCGUAAACGGCCACAGCACAAUGUGGUCUAUCGGCCUGGAGAGAAUCCGGUAACACAGCGUCUUCCAGCGGUUCUAAGCAGGAUUGGAGUCAUUCUUGCAAGUCCUUUGGAAAUAAUCGAACGAGAAUUCAAUGCGGCCAUGUCCGAAAAAGCUGCUGCUGGACUCUCCAGUGCGGGAACCAGUUCAAUGACAACACCACGCCCAGGUUCGCCACAGACAGAGUCUUUGCCAGGCACCGAAUAUCAACGUCAGCAUUCGGGUGGUAUCAUCGCUUCGGCAGUUCAAAACCUAAGAUCCAGAUCGGUUAAACGCCGCAACGUCAAAGGUGACUCUGAGUGGAAAAGUCAAACUCAAAUGUCAACCGAACAGGGACCUUGUGUUUAUGAACACAUUUACACUGAACCUGGUGGUGUAACAACAUUCUCAGCCGUUCCCAGCAUUAAAACCACUGCUGUGACCAUUGAGACAGAUAUCACCGAUGACGUUAUUGAAAUUCCCAAACUGAGACGCACACAAUCAAUGUCCACCAAUACACCUCCCCUGGUGUACAAGGGCACGGAUGCUGAGGAUAUUGGUGGUAGUGGCCAAGAACCAAUACGAAAAGUUGAAUUUGCACCAGAAACCAAACAAUCAGUUACAACCUCCGAACCGGAACCAGUGCAACAGUUGGGAAUGCCAAUAAAACCUCCUCGUCGCAAAUCAUCUCGUUCUACCUCUCCAGCUGGCCGAAUAGAGGAUCCGUUGCAGGGACAAGCAUCGGUGCCCAUACCCGCCUACAAU